GCUCCAUUCUAAUUCAAAAUGGCGAGUAGAAGCACCGGRGUCAGUGAAAGUCUAUGAAAAACACGCGAAUUUUAUCUGUAAUCGGAUAUUAAUUGAGUUUAAACCUUAGAAUUUAAGAAAAUGAUUAUUUUAGGACGUAUUUUAGUGUUUAUUGGAUUAGUAGCUAUUCUGCAUGCUGGGUAUUCAGCAGUUCAAUGUCGUACUUAUUACAAACUAUUAGAAGAGGAAUUUACUUCACUGCCGGUUGAUAUAUUUAUACAGUGUUUACUGGGCAUGCUAUUUGGAUGUGUUGGAGUUGUAUUGGUUGCRGGAGAGUUCAAAGAAAUCAGAGCAGCAGCAGAGAUGGCAAGCAAAUCAUGGGAAUCAUUAGGAAAUAGACCAUCUUUCUAUACAUUCAACCACAGAGGAAAAAAACUGUAUUCAGAUCURCCUCAAAGUAGUAACUGGUGAUCAUCAUUGUUGGAUUAUUCAUUACAUCAGUAAAAAUUGCAUACAUGGUCUAUACUGCAAGACAUGAUAAAGACAAAGCUUGACAUUGUACAAUGGACAUUAUGCUAUGUGACAGCAAGGCAAAAUAUUCAUUUUUCUUCAUUGCCGCAUUGCUAUCUACAUGUACAACGUGUUAUUCCUAGGAAAAUAACGUAUAAUCAUUCUUUAGUUUUAUUUAAUCYCUCAGUAUUAGCUUGUUGUAUAUCAUUGGUUGACCAAAGAAUGAAUUGGAUUUUGGAAUAAAGUAAAAUUAGUUCCAUAUUUCACACUUUGUAUAUGAAGGUAUGUGUGCUUAAUACAAACAUUUACUAACAUGCCAAUACUGAGCAUAAGAUAAAAGUACUUUUGAAUUUAUUUAAUGGGAAAUUCAUGAUUUAUAUCACAGAGKUUGAAAUCCCAUUGUAUUACUUUUCUUUCUGUUCAAAACAAGUCAUUUUUGCAAAUAUAAUAUAGAUUCUGUACCUGCAAAACUACAGCUUUUAAAAUUUGACUUCUAUUUUGAUUGCAGCUUCUUGAAAAUAAUAUUGAUCUACAUGUAUUCUAAACAUUCUCAAAGUCUAUUAGUGGUAAUGAAAAAUGAUGUUUUUAGUAUUUCAAGUAAAGCAUAAAUCAACUAGCAGUUGUAAACUAGUGUAGGCAGUGCUUAUGUUUCCAUUGAAAUGAAAAUGUUAUAAAAUAAGCCAUAAAGUUUUUGUAUGUUUUGCUAUAGUUAAAAAU